AUGUUCACCAAGCUCGUCUCCGGCCUCGCGGCCCUUUCCUCCGUCGCCCAGGCGCUCCCCAACCCCACGGCCCCCAGUUCCCUGGAAGCGCGCACCCAGGUGUCGAGCAACGUGUGGUGCGGCCCUGUUCUCGCCGCCUCCGCGAAGCAGGCCUCGGCCGAAUGGGUCGUCCCGCAGGUGUCCAUGCCGAGCUCGAGCAACGGCGAUGACAUUGAGUUCUAUCAAUGGGUUGGCAUCGACGGGUACCACGCCGGGAGCUGCCCCAACGCACUGCUCCAAGUCGGCACCGCAGAGAGGUAUAUUAACAACGACUGGGUCUACACCGUCUGGUUGGAGUACUACACCCCGGACAACACUUCCUCGUGGCACUUCAACGACCCGGCUGUCAAGGCUGGUGACUCGUCGGCGUCUUGGCCCCUUCAGGCCACGGGCGAUUACCCUCUCUGCUAUGAACACGUCGAGUGGGUCAACGAGGCCCCGACCAAAAACCUCCCAACGUUCCCCGCCAUGACGUUCACGUCGCUGUCCUACACGGAUUGGAAUGGGAACACCUACAACGCUGCCGGCUCCGACCUGCAGUACCUGAACCAGCAGUACGCCGUCUGCUCUUCCACCCUGUCCAGCGACGGCAGCACGGCCUACUUUACCGAGGCUCCCCCCAGCUCCAGCUAA